AUGGCCACUCCAGCUCAACCUGUUAUUCUUGUUACUGGUGCAACAGGAACUAUUGGAAAAGAACUUGUCAAAUCUUUGAGUCAGAAUUAUGCCACUCCCACUACUCCUGUCACUGUUCGACUUUUUGUACGGGAUGAAAACAAAGCCAAACAACUCUUUGAGUCUCUUCAAAGCUCUCACUUUCAUUUGGAAUAUGUUGUUGGAGAUCUCACUCAACUCUCUUCAGUGACAGUCACCAACUCGGCAUUGUUUGAACAUGUUGAGAGAAUCUUUCUUCUCACUCCUGAUCAUCCCUCUCAAGCUCAAAUUGAGAGUGAAUUCAUUCGUGUGGCUCUUCAAUAUGGUGCUUCGAGCUUGAAACAAUUGAUUCGACUUUCAGGUUUGGGUUCCUCUGGUGAUGCUGAUGCCAAUACUUUUUUACGUUUUCAUAAUGAUGCUGAGAGAGUCGUUCAGAAAUUAAUCCGCAAGCAUAACAACAAGCACUCCAAUCAUCCAAUUACAUUCAUCAUUCUGAGAGCCAAUCUUUUCAUUCAGAACUUGAUCAAUUUGGGUGAUGCUGAAACUAUUCGUUCUCAAGGAGUGUUUUAUCGACCCAAAGGUAUUCGUGGAGAACCUUAUUUCAUUUCUCAUGUUGAUGUGAGAGAUAUUGCCGACUUGGCAGCCCAUUUCUUGAGUGAGCCUGUUGAGAAAUAUUCUCCUCUCUAUACUCAUACUUAUAAUGUCACAGGUCCUGAUUCACUCUCUUAUGAAGAGUUAGCUCAAUUGAUCACAAAAGUGGUUGGAAAGGAGGUGAAAGUGGUCGAGAUGGAAGAAGCUGAAUAUGCCUCAUUAUUACAACAAGUUCCAGAGUUACCUUCGUUCAUGGUAUUGGCCAUGGUCAAGUUGUUUCAAUUCUACAAGUUGAAUGGUGUUUCUGCCAAUGUUCAUGGCGAUUUCAAAAUUGUAACUGGAAAGAACUCGAGAAGUGUUGAGGACUUUUUGAAGGAAUUUAAAAAUGCAUUCCUAUAA